AUGAAGCACCUGGUGUACUCUUUCGCCAGUUUGCUGGCUUCAUCAGUAGCGUGCGUUUCUAGUGAUUCCAAUGUCUCAAACAACGUCACCGCCUCAGAUUCGACAUUGUGGACUUGGUGGCACAACAACGGCGAGAUCAACUACCAGAGUCCGGUUCACCAACAAAAUGUCCGACAAUCCCAUGUUUACUCGACUUGGGUCAAACCCAACACGGACUCCGCUGCGGAAUACUACAAUUCCUUCGUCUACGAGACCAUACCACGCAAUGGACAAGGGAACAUAAUCACGCCGGGUGACCCAGACUCGGGCACCGACGCGGACGAUGCCAUCACGAUCGAAGCUGACAUCUGGAUCACCAUGGCCUGGACCCAGUUUCUUUACAGUGCAGACGCAUGGGUCAAGAUCGCUCGACAGAACAAUCAGUCGAGCAAAGCCAGCAAUGUUGUCGUUCGCCCUUCUGACCUUGAUUUCAAGAUCAAGGAUGAUGCUGACGGUAACGUGUAUGUCUUGGUGCCAUAUCGAAGCGAAGGCUACCGAUUUUCAGUGGAGUUCCAGGACAAUCUGUACAGCUAUCGUGACAGCUGCGACUCAACAACCUGUGACUUCGUCCAGAACUGGCACCCGGACGGACCAAACUACGUCCCGAAGCUUACUGAAGACAUGCCCAUCAUGUCUGUCGAGCCGCACGACGCUCUUCUCAUCUUCGCAAGUCCAAUGCAAUCGGCAGACCUCGUUCCAGACCAAUCUUCGCCAGACACUUACCUUGUCCCGCCCGGCCGGGUACCAGACCUGAGCAACAUCGACAACAAGAACGUCUUCUUCGCUCCUGGCACAUACUGGAUGACUGCAACAGACCACACUGUCCUGUCGGAGUCUGUGGAGUGGGUUUAUCUCGCACCCGGUGCAUUUGUCAAGGGUGCCAUCGAGUUCACCACAAAUGCCACCACAAUCAAAGCAACGGGACACGGUGUCCUCUCCGGGGAGCAGUACGUCUACCAAGCCAACACGGCGGACGAUUAUCAAAACGUAAAGUCCAACGCAGACAGCCUGCGGAUGUGGAGUGGAUACAGUACCCCAGACAAGCAGCAGACGUUUGUCCUCGCCGGCGUCACGACCAACGCACCGCCCUUCAACAGCGUCGACUUCACAGGCGACCUGAAGACAAUCUCCAUCGACCAGUCGGACUACAAGCAGGUGGGCGCCUUCUUCGGCCAGACGGACGGCACGACGCUGCACACGGGGUCGAGCGUGCGGGACACGUUCUACCACUCGGGCGACGACACGAUCAAGACAUACGGGUCGAACAUCACCGUGCGCGACGUGGUGGUGUGGAAGGGCAAGACGGCACCCGUGAUCCAAUUCGGGUGGCGCAGCCGGGACCUGCGCAACAUCACCGUCGACGGCGUGGACGUCAUCCACAUGAAGUACUCGAGCAACGCGAGCCACCCCAGCAUCAUCGGCGCGAACCAGGUCUACGGGUACUCCGAGGACGACUCCAGCACUGCGGACCUGGACAACACCGUGCGGGAUGUCUUCUUCGGGAACAUCAGGGCCGAGGGGAUCGGGGGCAACCUGAUGCGCAUCGUGCCGCUUGCGCACUACGAGAACAUCACCAUCGAGAACGUCAGCUUGGAGGCGUUCAGUGAGAGGAGCAACAGUAUCUACAGGAGCGAGUUCCCGCUGUGGGGGGACGAGGAUGGAGAUGUGGUCUCCAUCACAGGCUUUACAGUGAGGAACUUCACUGUUGGCGGGGAGGCCAUUCUUCCGAACCUGGGGAACAUCGGGCCGUUUGAGUUGGGAGGGCUCAACAUUGCCGAGCGUUUGUUGACGGGGAAUGGUGUGAAGAUCGAGUGA